AUGGCGAGGCCAAGCCACAGCGAGCAUGUCCUGCAGCAGCUCAACAACCAACGGGAGUGGGGCUUCCUGUGCGACUGCUGCAUCGCCAUUGGCGACAUCUACUUCCGGGCCCACAAGGCCGUGCUGGCUGCGUGCAGCUCCUACUUCCGCAUGAUGUUCAUCCGGGACCAGCAGGGGACAGCUCGCAUGGACCUCAGCAACAUGCAGAUCAGCGCAGAGUGCUUCGACCUCAUCCUGCAGCUCAUGUACCUGGGCUGCAUAGUGGUGGGCAGCUACGAGUUCGAGGAGCUCAAGGUCUCAAUGGCCUACCUGCAGAUGUACUAUAUCCCAGACACCCUGGAGGACCUCCGGGACAUCAGGAGCGCCUCCAACCUUACGCCGUCCUCCUCUGCCUCCUCCUCUUCCUCCACCACCUCGUCCGGCUCCUCUUCCUCCGUUGGCCCGGCAAUUACAGGAAAAAUGAUGUUUGGAGUCCGCAUGUACGAUCAGCAGAAGCCAAGCGCCCCAGAGGGUGAGCCCAAAAGUUUGCCCAAAGUUGCCAUCACUGCUGUGCCUGUGCGACCAAGCAUUCCUGUCCCAGUCAACAGGCCUCCACUUGUGGUGGAGGAUGUGGCGUCCCCUUUGGUAGUAGUUGCACCACCGUUUCUAGACAGUGUGGCUGAGCAGCCUUGUGACCUGCGCAAGAGGCCUGGCGGCCGGAGUGCCACCCUGAAAGAGCGCCCCCGCUUCGGGCGCACAUACACCUGUGACGACUGUGGCUUUGUCUUUAGCUGCGAGAAGCUGCUGAUAGAGCACAUCCUCACCUGCACCAACCGUAAGGCCUUUCAGGUCCCCAGGACCAGCGCAGAGGCAGACAACGACUCCAGCAAGGCGGAGAGCUCGGCCUCUGAGGGGAUGGAGGAGCACAGGGUGGUCUGCAAGGGCGAAGAGGAUUGGCCGGACCACAAGUCAGACGCCGACACAGUGAUCAGGUCCGUGACAAUUGGUACGGAUAACGAGCCUGGUUCUGCCAGGAAUAUCACCAUCAAGAUGGAGCUGGAAGAAAACGUGGUGUCCGAGAUGGAUGGCAUUAAGGUGGUCCAGGUGGGAGAGAUCAGUGCGAGGCACAGUACACUCAGCGACACUAUGAGGGAACCGAUUAAAUUUAACCGGGAGGCCGAGGCUGAUGUUUCAGUCAUGGACGACAGCAACGAGCCAUUCGAGGGGCACAUGUCCAGCAACAACGAUUCUGUCAUACCUGUUAAGAUGCGCAAGGUUAAAGUGGAGAAGCAGGACGGGGACAGUUUGCCAUGUGAGCUCUGUGGAGAACUGCUCACGAAGGAGGACCAGUCGGCUCACUACAUCUCCAGCCACAUGGGCCACAUCUGCGCCUGCGGGAGGUGUGGCCAGGUCCUAAUCAAGGGGCGGCAACUGCAGGAGCACGCUGAGCGUUGUGGUGAACCUCAGGGUGCGGACACCGACUCCCAUGGGGAGGAGGGUGACUCACCCCUGCCCGAGGACCCGCAGGCCAUGGACGAUGGGCUGCUGGACGGGGGCGACCUGGCCUGCCCCCAGUGUGGCCUACUUUUCCAGAGCGAGAGCCUGGCAUUGGAGCAUGCUCUGGCCUGCCACGAGCAGGAGCUGUUCCGCCCCGCCCAGCUGGAGGAUGGCGGCGUCGAGCCGGACCACCGGCGCAAGCACUUCUGCGCCAUCUGUGGCAAGGGCUUCUACCAGCGCUGCCACCUGCGGGAGCACUACACUGUCCACACCAAGGAGAAGCAGUUCACCUGCCAGACGUGCGGCAAGCAGUUCCUGCGUGAGCGGCAGCUCCGGCUGCACACCGACAUGCACAAGGGCAUGGCACGCUACGUCUGCCCCGUGUGUGACCAGGGCACCUUCCUCAAACAUGACCAUGUGCGCCACAUGAUCUCGCACCUGUCCGCCGGCGAGACCAUCUGCCAGGUGUGCUUCCAGAUCUUCCCCAGCGGAGAGCACCUGGAGAAGCACAUGGACGUGCACCUGUAUAUCUGCGGCGUCUGCGGGGAGAAGUUUCGCCUUCGCAAGGACAUGCGAAGCCACUACAACUCCAAGCACACCAAAAGACUUUGUCCUGCCUGA